AUUUCCCAAUCAUCAGGGUCAUCACUAGGAAUCUCUCUCUCUCUCUCUCUCUCUCUGGGGCGGCUAAACUAGCGGUUCCCGAACCCGGGAAACUUCUGGAAAUCGUGUUCGCCAUCGUCAUACUUGGAGCCACGUUAUUACCAAACCAGUCGUAUUCUUUCAGUAAGCUUUCUCGCUCGCAUGAGUCUUUGGAUUUGCUCUCUGAUAUUCCGUACAACGAGGUUUUGGUCCGCAAUCGUUUGAUUCAUUUUCUGAAGUUGAAUCCACAAUGAUUUUUCUUGUUUCGUCAUAUAAUACUCCCUGAAGAGUUCAACUAUCUUAUGCUUUUUAAGUUGUCAAACGACCAAAGGAAAACCAUCUAAUUCUCUUCUGGGUUAAGCUGGAUUUGUCCUCCCAAAUCACUGAUCCUAUCAAUUCCAUUCUGCCAAAUAAUAAGCCUUCUGGGUUUGGAUUAACAAAUGUUUUAAUUUCAUUGAGAAAUUUAUGAUCUUGUUUGAUGUCUCACUCUAAUUUCUCUCUGGGGAUCGUUUCCGUACCGUUUUGAAUCAGAUCUCACGAUCUAACUGAUGAGUUUGUGUAAAUUUGCAUCGGGGUAUGUCUGAUUUCCCUGUCCCCUGCCACCCUUCAACUGAAUUAUUCAGUCAUGAAAAGUUAUUCAUUUGGUUCAAGCAGUCCCAAGUCUCUCCAUGCCUACCAAGGAGGAGACUUUGAUUUAGAGUCUAGUACCCUCAAAAGAGCCAGAAAGCCCAAAAGUUCACUGUUUCAUGCCAUCAAAAUGCUUAAAUCUAUAGGAAACAGUGUUUAUUACUACUGCAGGUUGCACCCUAUAAUGGUCACCUUCAUUUCUUUAUCAUUUGGGAUCACCAUUCUCAUAAUUUUAGUUCGUUAUGAAAACCAGUACAAACUGAUGAAUAACUAUAGGAAAUCAGGAAUGGAUGAUUCAAAUACGUAUCCAUUCGCAAAGCUUCGGAAUCUUGUAAUGGUUGCAGGGCAUUCAAUAUAUACUAGUACUAGUUGUGAGAAAGUUGAUAAGGAGGAGUCUUGGUUUUUGCAAUCAUAUCAGAAGCAUCCAGGCCAAGCAGCUAGUUUUGUGACACAUAUAGAGGAGGGAGUAGAAAUUGCAGCCAAAGACAAUGAGGCCCUGCUCUUAUUUAGUGGUGGUGAGACUCGGAAAGAUGCAGGGCCCCGCAGUGAAGCACAAAGUUACUGGGCUGUUGCUGAUUCAGAAGGAUGGUUUGGCAAGGAAGAAAGUGUGAGAUGGAGGGCACUCACGGAAGAACAUGCUAGGGACAGUUUUGAGAAUCUUCUUUUCAGUGUUUGUCGGUUCAGGGAACUUACUGGCGCAUACCCUCAUAAUAUAACUCUUAUCAGUUAUGAUUUUAAGGAGGAGAGGUUUGCGCAUCUGCACCGUUCUGCAAUCAGGUUUCCACAGGCGAGGUUUUUGUACCGGGGCACCCCAGCUUCUCCUACUUCAAGGGAAGCGGCCAUGAAAGGCGAAGCGUUUGUGAGAGCUCAAUUUCAGCUAGACCCAUAUGGGUGCUCGGGUUCUCUUCGUCGCAAGAAACUAGGGCGAGAUCCUUUCCACCGAUCGAUCCCUUAUCCUCAUGGCUGUCCUGAAAUUGAAGGUUUGUUCACAUACUGUGGCGUAGCUCCAUAUUCAGGACCCCUUCCUUGGAUUUAUUAUUAGUAGUCUUGACCUCAACAUUUUAACUUCUCUGUCUUCUAUCUUUGAGUCAGUCUGCAAUGCUACGUCCUAUAUCCUA